AUGAUCAAAGGAAGGCCAGAAGUUCUGGGCCUCCCACCAACCAAUCAGAACUGGCCAGAGGCGUUUGGCUUCAGACUCGGUGGCACUGGGCCCAGUUACAUCCUGUCGGUGGUGGAGGGCAGCAGUGCCUCCCUGGCGGGUCUGCAGCCGGGGGACCAGGUGGUGGAUAUAGAAGGGCAGGAUGUGACCAACCUGAGCACUCCGGCGCUCAUCGCUUUGGCCCAGACCCUGAAGACAGUCCCACCGAGCAUCGGAGUGGUGUCAAGGAUCAAACAGAUUGACAUCAGCCCGGGCCCUGAUGGUCGUUUCGGCUUUACUAUAGUUGGAGACAGCCCCCUGAUGGUAGAGGAGUGUGCGCCCACUGGACCAGCAGGUCUCUGUAGUCUCAAAUCUGGAGAUUAUGUUCUGGAGGUGAACGGUAUCCCAGUAAAACACCAUGAAACUGCAGCGGCCAUGAUCAAAGCCGCCCAAGGUCGACCUCUGCGCCUGGGCGUGCUCAGCAUGGCCCGCCGACCCAAACGCCUGAGCAGCAGCAUGAGAGUGGUGUCUCAGAGCGGAGACAGUGUGAGGGACAGUCGAGCUCAUAAAGCCAUGGAGUUUAACAAGAAGGUGUGA